CUUCCUACCAGUACUACUCACAUAUACAUACUGCUUUUGCCAUUUUUAUCAUGGCGAUUUCUUUUUGACAUUUGACUACAACUGGGCGCACGUGUUUUCGGGCAAGGCUCUGUGCUAAAUUAUAGUAAAAUCAAAAUGAAUCCGGAGAAGCUGAAGAAGUUGCAGGCGCAGGUGCGCAUUGGCGGCAAGGGAACCCCCCGCCGCAAGAAGAAGAUUGUCCACUCCACGCCCGCCACCGACGACAAGAAGCUGCAGUCGUCCCUGAAGAAGCUGUCGGUGAACACGAUCCCCGGCAUCGAGGAGGUGAACAUCAUCAAGAACGAUGGCACCGUCAUCCACUUCAACAACCCGAAGGCCCAGGCCUCGCUUCCGACGAACACGUUCGCCAUCACGGGUCAUGGCGAGAACAAGACGAUCACCGAGAUGGUCCCCGGAAUCCUGACGCAACUGGGCCCCCAGGACAUCAACCAGCUGAAGAAGCUGGCCACGGAGAUUGCCAACAAGAACGGCGCCGGCGGCGCAGCCGGUUCUUCGGCCGCCGAUGCCGGUGACGACGAUGUGCCCGAUCUGGUCGAGAACUUCGAGGAGGUGGCCAUCGCCGGCACGAAGGAGGAGAAGUCCGGUGAGGUUGCUGCCUCCGCUUAGGCAGGUCCAACCCCAUCCACUUGGACAAAUCACACACCACACCGAACACAAAAACACAUACAAAACAUACGGCCAGGGAGCAAAACGAAGGGGCAGGCAUACAGGACACACGCCCCAGAAGCCGGAAUCACACCAACCGUAGUACACCUACCACUCCCCAAUUCCGUACCCCAAAAGGGAACGGAACCACUCCGGACUCUGGCCUUCUGCCCUGGAUGGGCCAUCCUUCGUGCUCCCUUCAGCCACUUUUUGGGGGUCAUGCUACACACUAUACUAAAAUACAAAAAAUAAAGGCAUCCGAGUGAGCGCUGAACAGAACACAUAAGCAUAAUAACUAUACUUAACAUACUAAGGGAACCCUUCAAUCUUAAUCUAAUAGUAAUAGUUUGGAACCGUCAAAUGUAUUUUCCAAUGCGAUUAAAGCACGUUUCCUUAACCAAAAAACCACAGUCCAAACAACACACACAUUCUAAUUUUUGCCGCCCUCCCAAAAACAUACACACAAGAUGUAUCUAUAGAAAUAUGCGCUCGUAAUACACACUAUAUAUAUACGGUUUUCGGAAGAAUUUAAAGCGAGGUGAUUAGGGGAAAACGCAGACACUCCAGAAGAAGUCAUUGCCAGGUCGUGAGACGGAGGAAUAUAUUUUUAGCACUAGCUCUUACCGAUUUUCCCGAAUUUCCGACUUUUCGAUGUAACCCCGACCUCAAACCAUCCUCAAUUCAAAACGUAAACAAGAUGAAACCAUAACUAAUUGAUUUCGAUUCGAGAAUGAUGUACCAAAAUUGUUGAAAACGUUUUUAUAAUUUGUAAACUAUUGUUUUAGACCAUCAUACAUGCAUUACAUUAAAAGAACUGUAAAAAACAUA